UUGAAUUUCAAUCAUCAUCAUGCAACACUUCACUGCGCACACAUCUUGGCAGCUCAGUCACCCUCGACUGCCACUUUGCCUUGGCUCCCAGCUCCUCGAUCUCCUCCCUGGAGUGGAGGAGGCAGCACCGAGGCAGCGGCCGUAGCCUUUUCCGGUACCAGGUGGGAAGCACAGGCCCAGCAGCACAGCCAAAAGUCCACGUGGAUGUGACAGAGCUGCUGGGGAGUGGAGACGCAUCGCUUGACCUGCAAGGAGUGAGCGUGGGAGACGAAGGGACGUAUAUCUGUUUGGUGUCCACCCCACUGCACCAGGCCCAGCACACCAUCCAGCUGCAUGUGGCCGAACCUCCAAGAGUUCAUAUGAUUCCAGCAGCGGUGUCAUUUGAGAGAAAUGUGAUGACUACUCUGGCCUGCAACAUUGCUGGCUAUUACCCCCUGGAUGUCUCGGUGAGCUGGACACAGAAGACUCCAGAGGAUGAAGUGGAAAUCCCUCUCUCAAAUGUACAUUUCUCCAGCCACCGGCAAAGUCGAGAUGGCACCUACAGCAUCACCUCCUACCUGAGCAUCAGCUCAGCCACAGUGCAGGCACCAGCCACCUACAGCUGCCAUGUUUCACACGUGGCCCUGGCAGAGCCCAUCUCUGUGAGUGCCCAGCUUAAGGUACCAGAGCAAACGGGAUCAGAAGGACUGGUGGGGGGUUUCAUUGCUACCAUCAUUUUCGUUGUUGUCCUCUUCAUUGUGCUCAGGAGAAGAGCAGCUAAACCAAGGUCUGAGCAACUUCUAAGGGCUUCAGAAUAG